AUGAAGAGGAAAAACAAUAUAAUCAACAAUGGGAAAUACAUUUUUUUUGUAAUUAUUAUAGAAUGCUAAUUUAGUUUGAACAAUCAAAAUAAUGGUUAAGUUUUGUUAAAAUAAUAAAGUAUUUUGGAUAGGCAUUUCAAGAAUUCUAUUAAAACUAUACUCACUUAUUAAUAGCUUAUGUUUAAUUAAAUAGAGAAGAAGAAUUUGAAACUUAUGAGGAAAUCAAAAACUUUAAUCAAUUUUUAGUUAGAGAUUUUGAUAAUCAAUAUUAUCUUUUAAUGAGAAUGCUUGAAACUAAUCUAAUUUUAUAUAUAUAAAACAAAGGGAUGAGUAUUUUGUUCUAUUUAUAAAAAGAUUAUUGA